GCAGUCCUAAAAAUUGUCUUUUAGGAUUCGUCCUAAAAGGUCUCCUGCAGCCCGUUCUCAUAUUCGUAUACGCAGCCGCGUCGCCGAUGUUCGCCGGGUCCUGGCUGGUGUCCGUGGUACACACUGCAGAGGCCUUGGGCGGGCGAGGAGGGGUGGGUGAAAAGCGCGGUCACCCCGAACUUCAAAAAUUCAAAUUCGGAUUUUCGCGGACGCAAGGCGGCAGUGGCGGAGGACGGUCGGGCGACGCGUCUGACGUACAAAAGACGGCGCUGGCGAAGCAUUCGGCGCGGGUAUCCAUCUUCCGACUCCACGCGAGUUGUGAGCAGCGGGGGCAACUUCCGGCAAGGCGCAUCUUCACCUCCGCCGUGUGUGCUGUCCUGUGGACUCCGACGCACGCCAUCGUCUGUUGCAGCGUACGUCAGCGGGAGCAUCUACGGGUCCGGCGUGCAUGGUCUCUCUUCACUUGGUUCAGCAGCGGGCGUGUCUUCGGCGGUUGUGGCAGGCGUCACGCUCUUCGGGCAGAAAGAUUCCCAGAGAUGGAUCUUCGCGUCAGCGGACACGGUCUGCGCGAAGAGGAGAUCGACGCUGUGGCGAUGGCGGUUACCGUCGUCAUCGUGAACACGAUGGGUGGCAUGUCGUCGUCCUCAAGCGACAUGCUGACACGGCUCCGAAAACGAAGAGCGUUGUUGCAGCGCAUUGCCGAAGCGCCGGAUUGCGUGGCCACGUGUGAGGCAGUCGUCCAGUUGCAGAUCGUUGUCGCGUGCGUCGCGUACGUGGAGAAGAAGGUGACGCACUACAGGAUGCCUUUGCCAGUGGAGCAUGUGAUCGCUUUCGCGUUGUACAGGUGGGCGUCAGGAGAGACGUACGAGAGCGGCACUUCGGCCUUCGGCAUCGGCAGGGCAACUGGACUGCAGGCAGUCCGCGACGUCCCUUCGGCGCUGCUGCAGGCGCACCCCUACGCUAUCAAGUGGCCAAUUGGCCGUAGACGUGCGCAGAUUCUGCGCGGAUUUCGUGACAAGGGUUUCCCGAACUACUUCGGCGCAAUCGACUGUACACACAUCUACAUUAACAAGCCCGCAGGCGCACCUUCCGACAACUACUACGACCACAAACAGAAGUUCUCCGUGUAGGCGCAGGUGGUGGUGGAUUUGGAUUUAUGGAUCCUCGACGUCCACAUCGGAUACUCGGGAAGCGUGCAUGAUGUCCGCGUCCUGCACAAUUCC